GUAAAAUCUUGCCAUUUUCGAUUAAUUUUUGUCCAAGCGUCGAUCAAAUUCCAUGAAUGUUGGUGCCAUAAUUAGAACUUACAGUUGUAAGGAUGGCUUCCCCAUUUGCGUCUGCUGUAUGUCUCAAAGAUGAACCAGUUGAACUUGAAGAGAAUUCAGGGUCUGAUGACCAUCUUCAUGAUGAAAAAGCCAACUCGUGUGGGGAAGCAUUUCCAGAAGCGCUUGAAAAAAAUCCAGCGAAUGGAGAAGAGAGUAUGAUGGAUGAUAAUAGUGAUAACACCGUGGACGGUUACGACCAUGGAUUGACAUUUGAACAGGUCUCUGAGGAGGAACUAGGAAGUGCUACAGAGGAUGGCUUUGGUGGACGAUUGUUUCAGAUGUCAGAUGAUCUGAAUGGUGAUGGCGAACAGAAAAAGCCAGGCCGGGAUAAGAUAGUUGUGCUCAACAAGGAUACCCCGUACCGUGUGAGGCAGGGACCAGACCCAGCCCUGCUCAAGUACUCGUGUAGCAAGUGUGACAAGGGUUUCCAGUUCCCAUAUCAGGUGCGGCGCCACAUGAAGGCCAUACACGAGGGCAAGUACCCGUACCAGUGUGAACAGUGCAAGAAACCGUUCACAUCUGUCAGUUCCUGGAAGGAUCACAUCACAUACGUUCACAGUGAUUUGCGGAGGUUUGUCUGUGACCUAUGCAACAAGGGUUUCAAGAUGUCAGCAGCCCUGAAGAAACACAGGCAGGAGUUUCACGAAAAAGGGGCCAAAAUGAGGUUCCAAUGUGAAUAUUGUAAUAAAAUAUUCUCCACCAAAACUAACCUUGUCAAGCAUUUUGUGGUACAUAGUGAAGACAAACCAUUUGAGUGCCCAACUUGUGGGAAAUGUUUCAACCGUAAGAAUAAUUUAAGUGAGCACAUGGUCAUUCACUCGACAGAGAAGAGCUUUGAAUGUAAGGAGUGCGGGAAAUGUUUUAACCGAGCAUACUCGCUGAAGAUCCACUCCCGUAACCACCUGACAACGCGACCAUACCGCUGUGAGUUCUGCCCGUCGUCUUUCAGCCAGCUUGGGGCACUCAAGUCACACCGUAGGCUGCAUACCGGGGAGAGACCCUUCAAAUGUGAAUUCUGUGACCAGGCGUUUGUUCAGCAGGCGACGCUGCAGAUCCACGUAAAGCGUCACAAGAAAGAGAAAGAUUUCCAGUGUCCUUUCUGCCCCAAGUCGUUCUACAUCAACAGGUGCCUCAUCGAACACCUUCGGGUACACACUGGGGAGAAACCUUUCCCGUGUGCAUUCUGUGCCUACAGAACUGCAGUGAAACAGAGUUUAAAUCACCAUCUACGGAAUGUCCACAAACAGCAAAUUGGAGUGACAGAUGCUAAAGGCUUCCUGAUCCCGGAAAACAUUAACUAUGAUACCUUGAUUAAAGUGGGAUUCGUACCAAGGAACUGCUCUGACAAAGAAAGUUACAUGAAUGAGACGUACCUCUUUGUAGACAUAGACUGGCGAGGCAUGCAGUCUGAUUCAGAGGGGUUAGCUAAGCUGAUCAAGGAUAAAGAAACAGCCAUGUAUGAAAGUGCUGAAUACAAACUGGAUCACGUACUUCCAAAUGAUGUUGAGGUUAAUGUUAAUGAAAGUAACGAAAAUGAAAGUGAAAGGGCAGCAAAAAAUGCAAAGUUAGAAAGACGGAGGCAGAGGAGAAGGGAGAGAAUUAAGGCUAAAAGACUGGAAGAUGCUAAAAGGAAGGAAGAAGCAAAUAAUGUGCCCAAUGGGAGUAUUAAGAAGUGUAUUGAAAAUGCAUUAGCAAAUAUUACUGAGGAACCCUUUAGUUUGUCUGACAAUGUUGGGAAUGCAAAUGUUGUACUGGAAGAGGUAGAUGAUAUUAACUACAAUUAUGUUAUAGAUGAUUUGAAUAAUGAUGUUGAUAACGAAAAUUCAAUAGAGAUGGACACACAACAUGAUGACAACUCUCGGAAUGAUGAAGAGAGCAAUGUGACUGAAGUUGCUAAUAAGACACAGGAGGUUGUCAAUGAAAAGCAAGCUACGGAUACUUCUGAUAACUCUGUGGAAAUUGGCCAGAAAGUUGAUGCUGAAAAAAUUGAAUGCCUUGCGGAGGAGAUACUUUCAAAGCAUUUAGGACUUCUAAUGAACAAUUAUGAUCCAAGUUUUGUGGAAGCGAAAUUUAAGGCAAUAGCCUCAGAGAUCAGUGUCAGUGUAUUAGAGAUGUAUUCCGAUACUCAGAAGAAAACAACAGAUAUUGUGAAUAACAUGUCAAAUUUGCAGUCUGUGACCAGCGCACCACAGUCGCAUACUGCUAUAAAACAGGAGCCUGAUGACAGUUUCAAUGAUCAUGACAACAAGGUCAGAAAAAGUGUUCAGAAUUGCAAAACUCUUGAGUGUAAAAGUCGUGAAGAUAUUGGCAUGACCACAAAAACCUCCAAUUUAAAGUCUGAGACAAUUGGUGCUAUUUCAGAAACUGCCAAAGAACAUAAGGUGGAAACAACACCUGACUUCUCGCCUCAAGUGAUAGAGACUGCUUCAGUAUCAGCAUCAGAAGACCAAUCCCAGUCAUAUCCGCCGCCUCGCUUUCAAGCGGACAAUGCCCUAUCGCAGGCAAAUAAUGAUAACAGUUUGCACACAAAGGGCACACAGUGUGAGUAUGACCGACCCUCAUCCACAGUGAGAAGCUACUCCUCCAAGCCCACAUCCCCAACUAGAAGCUACUCCUCUAGUGCUCGCUUGCAGAGCAUUAUUGCGCAACAUCUUGGAUAUACACAAAACUCACCUACACCAAAACAAAGUCAUGUCAUAAUAAAAAGAAGAGCUCCUCUUGUCAAAAGGCCUGUCAUAUCGACAGAACUUCCCAAAUCACCUCUUCAGUCAAAACAUUCAAAGUUAUUCUCAAUACUGACCUCAACUCUGGCCUCUCCUGCCCAAAAUGGGAUGAUACCGUCAUCAAUACCAGUGACAAAAUCUCCACAUCUAGCUGAAAGAGGAAGCCUCAAUAAGCUUACACUAUCCGAUUAUCUGAAUGCACCUCUGGCAAAUCAGGCAAAUGGUACUCUAACGAAUGCUGUAAUUGAGCCUUCUUUACCAGGAAAGUCAGCCACUACCUCACUAAUUAAAACUGAGCCUCUAUCUGAAGCCAGUAGGUCUAGUCAGCACCGAACCUCAGGACCGGAAGGUAACAAGGAGACAUCUAACUUUUGUUACCCUGAAGCCAGCGGGUCUAGUCAGCACCGAACCUCAGAGCCGGAAAGCAGCAAGGAUGCAUCUAACUAUGGUUACACUGUCAACCAACCAGGACCAUAUAUAAAAGAAGAACCCAAAGAUGAUUAUUAGUCAUGAAUAUUAAAACAGGGGUUAUAACACCUGACAACUGUCAAUCGUGAAAAAUAGCCGGGUGUCAGUUUGAGCCAGAGAAAUUCAUGCCCAAAACAAGGUUAAUGGGCUAAGAUUCUUUUGAAAUUGUUUCCAAAUUUUUGUUUGUUUGCAAGUGUCAAAAGAAAGUGUGGAGAAAACAAGGUUUUUCCAUCAAUACUAUCAGGUCUCAAUCCUGAUUUCAACUUUACAACCCCUGGUCAAACUAGACAUUGAUAAUUAUUUAUGUUGUUUAUGAACUGUUAUGUGAUUAUUCUGUCAAAAGUUUGUAAGUCAUUUAGGGUUUUAAAAUAGCUAUCCAUUUAUAUUUUAGUGUAAAACUUAACAGUGACAUUCAUACAUCUAACUUAUGUUUCAAAAGCUUCAGGGAAAUUCAAUGUUGAUUGUUUUAGACAAUUUUGUGUAGUCAUCUAAUGUAAGGAAUUUCCAUAGGUUGUGGAAAGUUUGCCAUCAUUCACAAAUUUUACAUAAUUUAUUUAAAAGGGUUUGCCUUUAAGUUUAAUAAUUAAAUUCACACUGAAUAGUUUGUAUUUUUGCUUUAAAUUAGAUCUAUGAAAGAAGUAAUUAGUAAUAAGAAGUAUACUAAUUUUAAUAUUAAACAACUUUUAUUGUUAUAUAAUGUAAAUAAAAUGAUGAUUAUUUUUGAAAUGGUUUUUAAGUGGGUAUUAUAGUACAUUCUUUCAUAAUUGUUUUACUGAUUAUGUAUGUUUUAGUAUAAACCUCCAUGUUGUUUUCGUUGUUGUUUUAUUGAUUGUACCCAUUGUUUAUAGCUAUGUUAGGUAGUAAUUGUUGUUCCUGCCAUUGCCAGUAUAUUUUAUCUCUGUGAAACUGUAAAAUGAAUAAAAUUGUAUGGAUUAUUACACAAAGUCAGA